CUUCAGCACCACCUGGCCCAGGGUCACGUGGUAGCACAGGUACACGUCCCCGAAGCCCCCGUACUCCAGCGGCUCCUUCCGGAUCAGAUCCGCCGAGGUCAUUUGAAACGAGGACUGAGGUGCGGAGGCCAUCUCUGAGAACUACAACUCCCAGCAUUCACCACUGGGAGCCUGCAUAUGCAGCAGUGCUCUGCUUGGCUCGGACGCGGAGCUGCAGCUUUUUGCGCCCCAGCAGCGGCGGGUCUGGGAAACCGACAAUCUGCCGGAUUGAAGCAGGUUUAAAAGGACGAGGAGGGUCAGCGUGGGGUCUCUCCACACUGGGUCUGUCAGGAUGGGUAAUGGCAUCAACAAGGUGCUGUCUGACUUAUACUUGGGCAAUUUCAAAGAUGCAAGAGACCGAGAACAGUUAGCCAGGAACAACAUCACACGCAUCCUGUCCAUCCAUGACAGUGCAGCUCCAAUCCUCCAGGAGAUGACCUAUCUCUGCAUUUCAGCAGCUGACCUGCCCACACAAAACCUGACUCAGCACUUUAAAAAAAGUAUAAUUUUCAUGCACGAGUCUCGCCUCAAAGGAGAGGGCUGCCUCGUUCACUGUUUGGCAGGUGUGUCCCGCAGUGUCACCCUGGUGAUUGCUUACAUCAUGACAGUGACAGGCCUGGGCUGGCAGGAGGCGCUGGCUGCCGUGAAGGUGGUCCGACCAUGUGCCGGCCCCAACCUGGGUUUUCAGCGGCAGCUCCAGGAGUUUGAAGCUACUCAGGCCGAUGAGUUCAGAGAGUGGCUACGGGACGAAUAUAAGGACAACCCCUUCAAUGAUGAGGCGGAGAUACGGGACUUGCUUGCCAGAGUGUCCAAAGUCAAUGGCGAAGGGUUGAACCAAAAGGUAUCUACCCCACCUGGAGGUACCUGACCAGAAAUGUUCAUGAGAUCUUUAGUAGCUGAGUCUGGAGGGUUACACCAGUGUGUGAUGCUUCAGUAUUCUGGACUUGUCUGGAAGUCUAACAUGCUUUUGGAUUGGACUACUGUCAGGAUGUUUAAUGCUGCUGGAACAAUCCUCUCAAUGGACAUAAACACUGAAACCAUAUCUGGACCUUUAUUAAGCAGAGCAUAUAUAUUAAAAAAAAAAUUCUUGCACUAGUUUAAGUUUUUGUUGCUGUUUUUUCUAAUUUAUAAAUGUUAACUGUGUUUUGUGAACAGUGAAAUAAAACGAGUAAAGGAA